GGGCGUGUCCAAUGCCGCUGAGUGACGGCCUUGGCGGCCUUUCCACCGCGAGCGGCGACGAGGCCUAAGCGGCGGAAGAGCCCUUCCUGGAGGGCCUGAGGCGGGGCUGUCGUGCUCCGGUCUUGCCCGCGCUGUAGGAGGACGGAGGAGGCUGGGAGCCGGAGGCCGAGGCUGGGCCUGCUGCAGAGAUGGUUCUACUCCACAUUAAGCAUGGUGAUGAAAGCCAGUUUCUUCUGGAGGCAAUGGGAAGCACUUCCAUCGAGGAUUUAAUAAGAGAAGUAACAAAGAUCUACAAUGGAAGGCUCAAAGUUCAGCGUGUUUGUGCAGAGAUGGAAUCUCUCGCAGAACAUGGCAUUUUUUUGCCCCCCAAUAUGCAAGGUCUGACCGAUGAACAAAUUGAAGAGCUGAAACUGAAGGAUGAGUGGGCAGGAAAAUGUAUUCCUAGUGGUGGAAGUGUCUUUAAAAAAGAUGAAAUUGGACGGAGAAAUGGCCAUGCUCCAAAUGAAAAAAUGAAACAGGUUUUAAAGGCAACAAUAGAAGAGGCUAAAGCACUAAUAUCAAAGAAACAAGUUCAAGCCAACGUGUGUGUUAAUAUCGACAUGGUGAAAGAUGCACUGGACCAGCUCCGAGGAGCUGUAAUGAUUGUUUAUCCCAUGGGACUCCCUCCAUAUGACCCAGUUAGGAUGGAGUUUGAAGAUAAAGAAGAACUGUCAGGAACUCAUGCUGCACUUGUAUAAUUGAGGAAUCGGAGGCACAACUGUGGUGGGCAGGAAGGAGUUCAAAAAAACAAUCGACUUUCUGACUACGUGGGCAAAAAUGAAAAAACUAAAUUAUUGUCAAGAUACAAAAA